CUCGGCUUCUUGCUCACUUUGAUUCGAUUGGGAACCAACAAUCAUCUUCAUCACGAGUGAUGACACCAAAUAGACGUGAUGAAAUACCUCGCUCAGGCCCUGCGCCUGAAGCCGAGGCUAAGCCAAUCGACCCAAAUCCUCCACCCAUCCACCCAUCGUUCAUCCAGAUAGCUCGUCCCUACGUCUUUGAGGAGACAAUUCAAGGCUGCCUGGAUGCGAUGGGUGUUAAUCGCACUCGCGAGGAGUCUCUGCGCUUGCUGGGUGUGGCAUGGAUUGACAACGUCCGACGGGCUCUACAUCUGUAAGUUGAACAGCUCCAACGACGAGAUGCUAAGCUUACGAUGUUACAGCCCCGUACGGACUUCCAACACGGCGGUGAAGUAUUAUCAUCGAUUCCGCCUAAUCCAUUCCGACAGUGAAUACAAUUACAUUGACGCUGCUGCUGCUGCCCUGUUCACUGCAUGCAAGAUCGAGGACACGCUAAAGAAGUCCCGGGACAUUGUGUGUGCAGCUUAUAACCUCAAGUUGCCCCCUUCUGAGCACCUGACUCCCGAUGAUCCUGUAUUUGAGUCCAAUGCCCGUAGCGUCAUUGGUCUCGAGCGGCUCAUGCUGGAAGCUUUUGGCUUUGACUUCCGUACACAUCACCCCCAGAAGUCCCUGAUCAAGCUUGCUCGCCACUACCACUUCACAAAGGAGUCGGAGGUUUUCUACCUAGCUUGGGAAAUUUGCAUGGAUCUGUACCGCACCUUUGCGCCGCUCAAGCAGACCACACAGACCAUGGCAUACAGUUGUCUGGAGCUAGCAGUCCGGCUCUUGGACCAGCGCUGCGAACCGCUCGAGUCUGGAGUGGACUAUGCGAAGUGGAGCACCAGCCGUGAAGCCGUUAUGGAAACCCUUCUUGAUUUACUCGAGCUGUACACGCACAGCCGUACUCAAACUUCCGUUGGCCAUAGAUUCCCACCGGAUCAGUUCCUCAAAGUCCGCAUCCCGCUCAAUCAAGAGAUCAAAGACAAGCAGAUCCCACGCUACACCAGUCCCGGGACUACGGGCAAUGGGUCUGAGCAAUAUGAUUCCCGUGGAAAACAACCCGACAACCGUCAGCGCCCCUAUCAUCCACUGACACCAGUUGCCGCCAACGGAGACCGCCGUGGAGAGAGUGAGCGUGGUCGAGAUGCGCCGCUGCGAUUCAUUCUUGACCCUGCGUGGGCGGCGGAGGAGAAGAGACAAGUUGGCGAGUAUUUCAAGGUGGAGAUGGAGGAAUACGAGGUCGAGGAGUGAGGGACGGGGUGUUUGAGCUGUUCGUGCGAUCCAAAUCGGCGUUUUCAGUACACACCCAGAGCGCUUGACGAAGGAUGGCUGGUCUUUUUCCGUGAUGACUUUCUAUGAUACCCCCUAGUUCUGAUUUAUUAUUCUGAAUCAAUGAUACUACUCAGACUUUCUGGGUAAGUAAUCGUG